UCCAAGCAUUCCCAAGGUGAUCGUACGUUAAUCAGCUUAAUUGGCCGGCAACCAAUCAUGGCAAUAUCCACGAUGAUCUACAGUCAUCUUCCUGCAACCACACAAUCCAGGCUUUCUAUAAUCCAUGCCCAUAAAGAAGCUCUUCUCGAUCGCCCCCAAGCAAAGGCACCAUCAAAUCCGGCUUUACGUCUCGCCGAAUCACUCUCACAUCUCCUCCACCUCCAUGUUCAAACCCCUCCCCGGACCGAUCUUCACAAAUCAAUUUGGAGCUCGUUUACCGAAGAGAAACACUCCACUCCCACAACUUCUCCCAAGGAGGUCAUAGCGCACAAGUGGCGUGACGUACACGGUUCCUCGGAUUGGGACAAUCUUUUGGAUCCUCUUCAGCCUUGGCUCAGACGAGAGAUCGUCAAAUAUGGAGAAUUCGCACAGGCAACAUACGACGCUUUUGAUUUUGAUUCUUUCUCCGAGUACUGCGGGAGCUGCCGGUACAACCCAAGAAACAUGUUCGAGAAACUAGGCCUUACCAGAAAUGGCUACACGGUUAGCAACUAUGUUUAUGGCAUGUCCAAUAUACAUAUGCCUCAGUGGCUGGAGAGGUCACAUUUGGCGGACACGUGGAGCAAAGAUUCCAACUGGAUCGGCUAUGUGGCGGUCAGCGACGACGAGGAGACACGGAGGAUUGGACGGAGAGAUAUUGUGGUGGCGUGGCGGGGAACCGUGGCACCCUCGGAGUGGUACGAGGAUAUGCAAAGGAAGUUGGAGCCAUUUGGGGAGGGAGAUGCGAAAGUGGAACAUGGGUUUCUUAGCCUUUACACUAGCAAGAAUGAAUCUACAAGGUACAACAAGACAAGCGCCUCAGAGCAAGCGAUGAAAGAAGUGACAAGGCUUGUGGAAAUGUACAGGGAAAAAGGUGAAGAAGUAAGCCUUACGGUCACUGGACAUAGCUUGGGUGGCGCGCUGGCUCUGCUCAAUGCUUACGAAGCCGCAGCAACCAUUCCCAACCUUCCCGUCAGCGUGAUUUCCUUCGGCGCACCGAGGGUCGGCAACGUUGGUUUCCGAGACGAGCUUCAUCAGCUGGGAGUCAAAACACUGAGGGUGGUAAUCAAGCAAGACGUAGUCCCUCGGAUGCCGGGGCUUGUUUUCAACGAGAGCUUACAAAAGUUUGAUGAUAUCACCGGAUCAUUGGAAUGGGUUUACACCCACGUCGGAGCCGAACUGAAGCUCGACGUUCGAUCAUCGCCGUACCUCAAGCGUGGGUUCGACUUGAUGGGGUUCCAUAGCCUUGAGACAUACCUUCAUCUUGUGGACGGGUUUCUUCGUAGUGCCACAACAUUUCGGUCUGGUGCGAGGAGGGAUGUUGCGUUGGUGAACAAGGCGUGUGAUAUGUUGGUGGAUGAGCUUAGGAUCCCACGUUGCUGGUACCAAUUGGCCCACAAGGGAUUAGUACGUAAUACUCAUGGUAGAUGGGUAAAACCAAAGAGAGAUGCAGAAGACAUACCUUCACCAGCUGGUAGGGAAGAAAGUACUGUGAAUGCUGUUGCCGUUGGAAUGCAAGCACAAGAUGCAGUUGAAUCUGCACUUUAUGCUCUAGUUUUGUUAUAAAAAAAAAUAAAAAAUGUAAAUUAUGUUCGGGCAUAUUUGGCCUAAUUAAAUGUAGCAUGCACAUACUCAAACCAUAAUGAAAAAAAAAAGAUUUUUUUUUUUUU